UAAUGAUGUAUACACAUGUGAAUUGGAUUGACAAUUUAGCAAUAUAUGUCAUGGAUCAAUCUGGGAUGGAUCUUUGAAAUUUAUGAGUGAGUUCUUGAAUGUGGGAGUGGGUGAUGAGUGUUUGGGAGAUUUGAAUGGGUUUUGUGAGAGAUUUCGAGAACGUGGAUGAGGCAUUUGGUAGUAGAGACAUUCAAUUGAGUUGGGUUGAUGUGAGGUAUGAAUUGGAGUGUGGUAAGAAUGAGGCUGGAUUGAAAUGUGGUUUUUUCGAAAGGGGGAUUAGCUCAUCUGAUUCAAUUGAGUCUUGGAAUAUCAGAUGUUAUGGGGAUGCCUUUGGAGUGCAAGUUUUGUGAUCUUGAGUUGGCUGAGUUGAAAAUGUUGCCUAGAAGUAGAGCUGAUGAUGGCUUGUUUUCCGUGGAAAGCAUGAAGUCGCAAACAAGAGGCCAUAAGGUGAAGAGGUUGUUCUGGGGAAGUGUUGGCAAUGGAGUGUCGAAGAUUCAGGUUAAGGCUUUGCAAAAGGACAGUGAGUUUGUGAAAUUCAAGGGGCGGUUAUCAGAUCCAAUUCUUGUCUAUGAAGUUUCAGGUAGAGAUGGAAAAGAAGUUUGUGGUGGUUUUUUUGUAGAUAAGGUUCUGGAAAUGCUAUCAGUGGAAUUGGGCGAGUUUGUUCCAAGGAAAUUGGCUCCUGUUUGGCAGAUUCUCUUGAGUUUUUUAUACAGGGAUGGUUGCUGGGCAUUAGUGUCUAUUUCUAAUGAUAGUGGUGUAUUACAUACUGGAAUCCUUAAGCCUUUUACAGUUUCUUCAGCUCUUCUGUUUAUUUUGGAUGAAGGAUUUCACCCUUACAAAAAGGGCAUGGCAUUGGUGCGGUGA